CAGGUAUACUAAGGUAGGGCUAUUAUAAUCAGGUGGCCAUCAAGGACCGUGUCUUGUUUUCCUUUCUCAAAGGAAGCUAUAAAAGUAUUGUCUUAGGACAACAGCUUGGUAAAAUGAUGCAAGAAGGAUGAAGUAUGGAAAAUUUACACGAAUGACGAAUGGAUAUUUGGUUGACGUGUACAUAGCAUUUGUUGUCAUUCAAAAUGUCCAGACACAGUCAAGGCUUGUUGUAAACACAACUUGUCUGGAGUUGGCUAAACCAUCAAACCAACAGUACCGACUGAUCUGUAGUCACCAUGAUUAUCACUGUCUCUUUGAUGAGAGUUAUACCCAAGAGUUUGAGGUCUGUAGGGAGUGGAAGUGGAUACCUGGAGGGAAAUGUGCAUAUUUCAACACAUAUGGAAGUGGCAAUGUUGAUGAAAGGCAGUGCAACCCAGGAAUCAGUCUGACUUGUUCUGAACACAAUCGUCAGUUCGAGUCCAACAAAAAUAUCCAAUUUACUGCAUGUUAUGCAAAAAGAGACAGUAGUACAUCUUUAUCUACUUCUACAAGUCCAGCUCUAGUUACCUCAAACAAUGCUACCUCAAAUGGAGAUAUUGCAAAAUCAUCUGUAACUUCAAAAGCCUGGAUUUUCUCUCUUUUUACUGGCAUUGCUGUCUUCCUGUCUAUUGCUGCGAUUUUAUUCAUCCGUGGGUAUAUGGAUAAUCUACUGUGCAAAAUAGUUUAUCCUGUGGAAAGUCAAGAAUUGAGUGACACAGUGAGGAAUGAGGAUAAUUUAGAACAACAACCAUUUUUGAGGAAUGAGGUGAAAGAUACAUCAAAACGUUCCCAAACGUUGAGGCAUGAAGAUGAAAUUACAAAUGAAACAAGAAAGAGUGAUAUGAAUGAAUCUGAUUCAUCAGAGCACUUUGAAGAAGCUCCCUCUUCUCCGACAAUCAUAAAACAAAAGAACUCUGAAGUAUCAACAGAUGAACAUCAAAAAGGUGAUAACGAUGAAUUCAGGACAAAUGAAGUGAAGUCAAAUACAAGUAAACCAGUAGAAGUUGACAUAUCAAAGGAUUUAAAAGAAGGAGGAACAACAGCAGACAAAUCAGAUUAUGAAGAAGGAGACACGCAGGAAAAGACUGAUGUGUUUAAUGACACCGUGGAAAUUUUAAAAAGGAUAGCACAUCCAACAGAGAAAGAUAGUAAAGAACUGUGUACAGGGCUGUACAACCUGUUGGGUAAAGAAGGUCUGAAACUGACAGAGGAAGUUAUGGCAGCGACCAUCAGAAGACUUACUGGGAGAUCAGUGGAAACAUUAUUUAAGGAUUUAACAGACCAAGAAAAAAGCAAACUGAAGGAGACAUUGUCUGAAGAAUUCAAUCGCAUUUUUGAAUCAAAAGAAGAACGUAAAAAGUCAGUCCAUGUAUUAUACAGUUUACUUAAAUUCUUCCUUGAAGAAGAACUUUGGCCAAAAUCAGGUUGGGGUAAUCCCGUCUGGGGAAAAAACCUUGGUAUUGGAGAUGACAUUGAAAGAUUAUAUAGGAUUCAGACCAUUUUUCGGGAAAUAUCAAAUCCUACCGAAAUUUCAGUCAAAAGUUACACAAGACUGUUAGACAUCAUGUAUAAAGCACUCAUCAGGCUAGAUCAUGAUGUUGAUUCGAAAGAGGAUUUUAAAGCAGUCGUUCUAAAGUUAAAACAAAUUAAAAAUCAGAGUCGAACCCAAAUCAUAUUAAAACAAAUAACUGAAAUAUAUAACCUAUUUUUAAAGACAAAAAGUAACCAAUGCUGUGAAGAAGAAGCAAAAUGAAGUCAGAAGCUUUAUAGAAGUUUAAGGACACUCUUACUGCCGAAGAAAUUUAAUGUUUUCUGUAUUUAAACAAGGAUUAAAUAAGAAAUUGAUAGUGUUGUUUGUAGAAUUCAAUUGACUUCCUGUAAACAAGAGGAGCAGUUAAAUCGACCUAUUUAUCGUACAAUUUACUUUAUCUGUUUUCGUAAAGAAAAUCACUCGAAAAUCAGAAUUGUAUCACCGUGCAGAAUUCACUGUUCAAAUAUAACUUUAUUUUGGACUUGACUUUUAAAAUUCAACAUAUGUUUCGUAAUAUUUUCUUACAGUUUAUUUCUUACAAAGUUGCUUAUUUAUUUAGUAAUUGACACU